AUGAGCACCAAAACCGAGUCGGAAAACAUCGCCCUCGUGCGCCGCAUGGUCACCGAAGUUCAGCAGAACGGCAACUUCGACCUCAUUGACGAAUCCAUCCAUCCGGACUGGGUCGACCACACCACCCAUAUCCCCGGGGCUUCUGUAACUACUCGCGAAGCCGUAAGGACCUCCAUCCGUGGACUUCACAAAGCCCUGUCAGACAUCAAAGUGGACAUCAUGCACUGUGUUUGCACCGGCGACGUCGUGGCCACCAACAAGGUCAUCCGUGGAAGGCAGGUUGGCGAGUUGUUCGGCCAGCCUGCGUCGAAUCAGGUGGUUGAGUUUCGAGUCAUGGAUUUUAUGCGCGUGCACGACGGGAAGCUGAUUGAGCAUUGGGCUUGUAUUGGUCAGAUCUCGCAGGUAUCACAUGGAGAUUGA